CAUUUAAACUGAAUAUAAAAGUCGGCUUGUCAAUGCCUCGGGUGGCGCCAGUUUUGAACGGUGUUGUUUGAGUUGUCUGGCUGUUUUUCUGGGUGUCGCCGGGAUUACAGAACGCGAUGACCGUCCCCUCUGCAGAGGAGCUGGACUCCUUCAAGUACAGUGACCUGCAAAAUUUAGCCAAAAAGCUGGGCCUCCGGGCUAACCUGAGGGCAGACAAGUUGUUAAGAGCCUUGAAAGCUCACCUGAACCCAGAAAUAAGGAAAGAAAAUAAAAAUCAGGAUGAGAAUCAGUCUUCUGCAUUCUCCGGUGAUGAGACCGAGAUACAAAUUAGCUGUGAGGAGCAAGCUGAGAGGGAACCAGUCGAUCAUGUCACCAAAACAAGAAGGAAGCGCAAGACAGACCAUCAAGUUCCUAACUUCCAGGAUCAUUCUGCGAUAAAAAGAAGUGAUCCUACUACAUUACAGAAUCAAGAAAAGCAGGAAAACCAAGACCUCAGAACUACUACACAAGUUUCUUCUCUGCCAGACCAGAGCCAGGAAGACGGGAGUGCAACUUCCUCAGGAAGAAAUAUGGCCAAUGACAAUAAAAAUUCAAAGAGGCCUUUGGAAAAAAGAUCUCUGUGCACAGAUGGAUUUUCCAAACUUGGGAAUAAUAAAAGGACUACAGCCACUACACCAGACUUUAAGAAGCUCCAUGAGGCUCGUUUUAAGAAAAUGGAAUCCAUUGAUGAAUAUAUUGUGAGAAAAAAGAAACACUUUAAAGGACACAGUUCACUUAAUGAACUAAAGCAGCUUGAGAAAAAAGGGAGAGGGACCCCCGUUUUAGCAAGAGGAAGACUCUCUGUUCCCUGUACUCCUGCCAGGCAGCAGUUCUCACGAGACCAGUUCCGUGGCCCUGAAAGUCAGGAUACUGUAUGUCUGAUGGGGUCAGGCAAACACUCUGUGCUUUCAACAACUAAGAUGAAUGUCAGGUUUUCAGCUGCUACCAAGGAUAAUGAACAUAAGUACUCCCUGACCAAGACUCCAGCCAGAAAGUCUCCACGUGUGACCCUAACCGGGAGUGCUUCAAAAGGCCAGGCUGUGUUCAGGACACCUAAGUUAAAGACCACAGAGAGGAAUUUUACUACUGCAGUUGUUACCCCAUUCAAGUUGGCAGCUGAAGCAGCACAGACUCCAGGCUCUAGUAAGAAACCAGUCUUUGAUCUCCAGGCAAGCUUGUCUCGGCCCCUCAACUACAAGCCACACAAAGGAAAGCUGAAACCUUGGGGGCAAUCUAAAGAAAAUAGUUCUCUGAAGGAGGAUGUGAGCAGAGUUAGCUUCCACCGGAGAACUUACAAGCAGCCGCAUCUCCACACCAGGGAAGAACAACGGAAGAAACACGAGCAAGAACGGAAGGAGAGGAAAGCAAAGGUCCUGGACGCUCGCAGAAACCUGGUUAUGACUAAAGCCCAGUGAUCCACCGAUCCCUUGACUCCCAACUUGUUUCUCUU